CCGGGAACGCUACGAAACCGGUCGUUUUACCAGUAUUUGGUGUGAUAUAUUUAUGUGAUGGUCAAUACUGCCUUUGAUACUGGUUAUUGUGAUGGCUGGUAUGUAUUGCUAUUAAAUUGCUUAUUAUUAAAUAAUCUUACAUAACUUAAGUGUUUCAUUCUUUGAAAGAUAUUAUAUUUCUAGUAAUACGAAUACUUUGGAAGGGUCUUGGAAUUAUAAGCACUCGAUUUCAAUUUUAUUACUCUGCUACAAUUUAAAUACUAAAAGAUCGACACAUCAACUUUGCUGUAUAUAAACGCUAGCGCUUUGAUUGAUUGAUUAUUGUAAGAUUUUUAUGCAUGGAAAUUAAAUGGGAACAUUAAAAUAUAUAUAAUCACGCGCGGUACUAAAUCAGUCAAAAACACAAGUGCUACGUAUUAAAGGUUGUGUAAACUAAAGAGCGGAUACCUAAACCUGUACUUUAUAUGUAUCCUUUUUUAUUUCACAACACGUACUAGAGACGUAGAAUUCUCCUGGACAACGUGGACAAAAAUAAGAUAGUUUGUCUGAUAGUACCACCUGUCGGAGUCACCUGCCAAGACAAACUAUCUGCAUAGUUCGUCUACACAAACGAAUUUCUUAGUUCAUUUAUUUUGACAGAUGAACCGUCUGUGUUCAAAUUUUCUAGGUAUCGAAAGGCUGUGAAGUUUUUUAAUCUCAGAGACCCAAAUAAACAUGCCAAUUCCGUCAAACUAAUAAGCAUUUGCUACUACUAAUUAACCAUCGCUCCGUAUAAACGGCAAAAGAAGAUGUCGUGACCAGCGGAUCCGGUAUAGUGUAAACAGGGCCUAUAAACUAUCAGAAACAGUUUGUUGCUAGCUUACUGGAGUGGACCUAAAGUAGUCGGUGGAUUUUCGCAACGAAAUCGUAAGACAUAGGAGAGGUUAAGAUACCCCGGUUUCGGUGUACGAGUAGUGUCAUCUUGUUUCACUGAUGUCUGUAAUUCGAUCAUACCUUUUCUGUUUUCUUGCAAUAGACAAUGAUAUAAUGCGAGUAAAGGUACAGACAUCGACGAAAAUAUUGCUAACCAAAAUCAUGCUACCCGUACACGUACACCGAAACCGGGGUAUCUUAACCUCUCUAUAACUGGAAAACGGUCGUUCCCGACUAUUUAAUAUGUAGUCGUUUUGUCUUAAUAAGGAUACUCGAUUGAUAUGCUUGAUUGAUGCGUUAACACGGGGGAGGAUUUGCCCAUUAUCAUCUACCGGUCAGGACCCAAUCAGUUAUGAAAUUCAUAGAUCCGUUUAUAAAUUAUAGGUAGUAGCGCCAGUAACAUAAUCCGCCUGAUUCUUGCCUGUAAUGUUACUACUAAAAUUGAAAAUUUUAUGUGAACUGUUUCUGUGUUCUGUUGCUUAAUUUGUUGAUAAUUCUCGCUGCACAUACAGCGACAUUGAAAUGUUAAUUUCUAUUUUCAUGUUAAUAACUUUACAAAAAUAACCUUUAUAAUAAAUUUACAAAAAUAACCUUUCAAUAACCGUCCCACCUACUGUAUCAAUGUCACCGAUAAUAUGAUGAUCUGGAAACUAUAAACAGAAGUUAUGUUUUUGUUUUGUUAUGUUUUUGUUUGAGUUAACUCAACUCAUUGUAUUUUCUCAUGAUUACCAAAUACCAGAUGAUCUUGAUACGCGGAAAAGUACUGGCACUAGUUGUCAAAUAGAAACCAUUUUAUGAUUAAAACAACUGAAUAUCUCCUGUAAUAUACUUUAUUUCGAUCCCAUAUUUUUGUCAGAGCUAUAGUUCUCAUAAGCAAAGAUAAUUACAAACAUUCAACUAGUUUCAUAAAGAAUAAUGAAAGAUAUAAUUGACUGAAUACGUCAAAUUGGAUUUCUAUUCGGACAACCCUUUCUGAGCGCUAAUUGGCUAAAAUACGAACACGAGAUCACCUGGUAAGUAAUUUCCAAUACUGAAGAACGGAGUUCAAUAUCAAACAAAGGUCUUUCAUUUUGUGGCUUUGAAGUUUGCCGGGCUUCUGGACCAUCAUAUCUUGACCAAACUACUGUAUGUACUGAUUGUCAAUCCCAUAUUCUACGUUUUAUACAUUGAUUGAAAUUGGUAGACAAGGGAACAAGGCAAUUUUAGCUGCAAAAGCCUUGCCAUAGCCUUGGGUGUAUUCUUACUAUAGUUUUAAAAUUUUGCUAAUUGAUGAUUCCCCUUAUUACGUUUUCGUAGCGCUUUGCAUUGUGGUUAUAGUGGUAUCACUGAUAAAGAUAGCGGCCUCGAAUGAAAAUCUUGAAUGCUUUAGCGAAAUUUUGCUGUUGUCUAUCGCGCACCUGACCCUAGCUUUUUUAAAAGUUCUUGCACGGGUCAGGACAAAAAAUAAGCCAUCUUGAAUAUCAGAUCAACCACUAUAACCACAAUGCAAAGCGCUACGAAAACGUAAUAAGGGGAAUCUCGUAUUUCAGCCUCAAUAUUCUUCAUACAAACGAGGUUCUUAUGACUAUGAAGUUUAAUUUUGCAACCAGAUUAGUCCCUAGUCCUCUGUGCACGCGUUUUCCCCGUGACGUAAGAAUAGACAGAAUAGAAAAGACGACGCGACCUCAAAGACGACGUGAAAAUGGCGUCAAAAUGGCGUGGCACAUCCAUAAAUGGACAGAACACGCCAUUUUCACGUCGUCUUUGAGGUCGCGUCGUCUUUUCUAAAUCUGUCUAUUAUUAAUGAGAACGCGUACUAAGAGGCCUUGGGACUAGGCUGCGCGUCACCACCAUGCAUAAAUGGUUAAUAUUUAUACACAGGUAAUGAAAAUGAAGAUUGGACAGAUAGCCCUGCAGUAAGGGUUACAAAUGAACCAACAGGUUGGUAAAUAAUGUUGACAGUAUAAGCCCGCAUCACAGAAUAAAGACAUACAGAAGUGUAACUUCCAUUACAAAACCGUAAGGCGCUUUUUUACCGAAAUAGCUGGCGGCCAUGUUCUUAGCAAGUUCCCAUAAAGAGAAGCAUUCACCCCCCUGGAAUAUUACAUUUUCAAUAUGUUUUCAAGGGGGUGACUGCCUCUCUUUAGGGCACUUCCUAAGAACAUGGCUGACUGAAAAAAUCCCUUACGCACUUUUAAUAAGAAGAUACACUUCUGUAUGUCUUUAUUCUGUGCCCGCAUCGAGAUACACCAGGCUGACGUUUAGGUAAUUAAACACAGGGUGCGCGUUAAUUCAGGAUUUUUAGUCAAACCUGACUAGCACGUGGAUGAUUAUUACGCUGGUACGCUCGUACUUGCGCUGGUACAAACUUAAGAAGAUGUACUUAUAUAUGCAUAAAGCACAGUUUUCUAAAAGGUAUACAGCCAAUUCAAAAAGGUUGUCCUUUUUAAACUCUAAACCUUACAUACAUUCUAAGCACACAAAGCUUAAUGGGCGGAGCACAAGUUUCAAUCUUAUUAGUUGAAUAUUGCACCUAUUUGUGAAUGAAUUGUUCUCGUAAGGAGAUAUUUAGUUAUUCACCAUUUCUCUAAAAAAUGGGCUCCAUAUAUAUGAUAUAUGAUUUCCAAACUGAUUAAAUUAUGCUCCCAUUAUGCUUUGCACGCUUAGAGUUUUAGGUUUAAAGUUUAGAGUUUGCAAAAGACAACCUUUUUUGAAUUGGCUGUGUAUUCAUUCAAUAACCUGUGCAAACACUGCAUAAUUGACUUGGGCAUUCUUCAGCGGUGCCAUCUUAAUUGUUUCAUCAACUAAAUUACGGUUUUGAUUACUUUGGCAAGUUUGCUGGUCUGGUAUGGUACCAGCAAAAUGUACCUAUACGUCGGACUUGGCUGAAAACAAAUUAGUACCAGACCGUAAUAUUGGUGCACCUCCGGUACGUAGGUACUGUACAGCAACUAUCGCACUCUGCCAAAUAUCUCACAACAAUAUCUUCUUAAAUAACUCAUACUUUUUUGAGGUGGAAAGCAAAUUUGGGAGCUUUGAAAUAGUUAAUAUCACUUGCGUAUUGUUUACAAUACAUUUUUUUAACUGUACACCAGUCAACUGUUGAUUUAAUUUUAAACAAGAACGCUUCCAUGUCAGUUGCAAAAGUAGUUAUUCUGCUAUGUUCACUGUAAUACACUAUUUCAUUAUGUAGAAUCCUUUUACUUCUCAGUUUCUGCACAUGGUGAUCAAUCUGGCGUUGCCGAAGGCGAAGACACGCCGAAUAUGGGGCUAUACAAUAAUGGUAUAUUUUUCUAA